CGUUCCCGGGCGCCUGGAGCCCGGCGGGCAUUGACGUCAAGCGGUGGCGGCGGAGCGCUGCCUACAGACGGCUGACCCGGGCCCUCCUCCGCACCCCCUUCCUUCCUCGCCCCCUCCCUCUUCCCGCGCACCGGGGCUCGGGCUCGCUAUAAAAGGCGGGAGAGCAGGGUGCCCGAGCAGCGACGGAUUUCAGAACCAUGGAGAGCGCCCGCCUUCGGCUGCUGCCGCUCCUGGGCGCCGCCGUGUUCCUGAUGCUACCUCUGCUGGGCGCCCGCGCGCAGGAGGACGCUGAGCUCCAGCCCCGAGCCCUGGACAUCUAUUCGGCCGUGGAGGAUGCCUCCCACGAGAAGGAGCUGAUUGAAGCGCUGCAGGAAGUCUUGAAGAAGCUCAAGAGUAAACGCAUUCCGAUCUAUGAGAAGAAGUAUGGCCAAGUCCCCAUGUGUGACGCUGGAGAACAAUGCGCAGUGCGAAAAGGAGCCAGGAUCGGGAAGCUGUGCGACUGUCCCCGAGGAACCUCCUGCAAUUCCUUCCUCUUGAAGUGCUUAUGAGGGGGCUUCCAUCCUCCUGCAUAUUCCCCAUUUCCCGUACUCCACUGAGAGGGUCACACAUUCAUCGUGGAGUUUGGCUUUAGCAACAAAUAAAGUUUGCAUUUUCCUCUGAGGGUGAAGGGGCUCUUUCUCUGCUGUUUUAAAAAUAAAAAGAACACAUUUGAUGUUACUGUGUGAAGGGUAAUGUUAUGUUGGGGUUGAUAGGUGUGCAAAGUAUUCUUUCCUUGUUUUAUUUGUCUGAUGAACUCUUGUGUAUCUUUGGGUAAAGAAGAGGAAAUUUGCUUUGAAAAUUGUAUUUUUGUAUGUGGCAUGACAGAGUGAAAAUUAGAUCUAGUUAAACUUGGUGACAUCACAAUCUGGAAAAUAAUCACCCUAAGUAACACAAAUUGAAGCAUGUACAAGUUAUACAUAAUAAAGUGUUUUUAAUAAUU